CAUUUUCAUCGGGUUUGAAAUGUAUUAUGUAGAAUGUAAACAACACAUGGAGUGGUAGGUCAUAAAUCUGCACGAAGACCUCAUGUGAUGGAUCUGUUGCGAUGUUCUGCUCAUUAACACAGUAAGCGAAAACAAGAACAUAAAAAAACAAGCAGUAUGAACUGUUUACCCUGGCAUCCUGGACAGUUCUGGAGGAUUACUUCACUACGAAAAACUUUACCAUCAUUAGUGUUGAAAUCCAAACCCAGAGCAUUUCACUGUGGCCGGAUUUCCCUGACUGUGGACAGAUUAGACAAAAUGGCAUACCCAAUGCAUUCUGAUUUCCCAUGCACACACAUGAUAUAUAAAAUUCCAGAGUAUUUCCCACAGACAGCCCUAGUAGAUGAGUCGGACUCAUAUUCUUAUGUGUUCAUUUACACGAAAAGUGUAUCCUUAGCAAGAAGAUUACAUAAUGCUUAUCCUUUAAAUAUGGACAAAACAAAUGUGAUAGCAUUCUUUUACGACAACAAUGUCAAUUAUGUGGUCAUGCUGUGGGCUAUAUGGAUGUUAGGUGCAGUUGCACUUCCUUUAAAUCAUGCUUAUCCUCGAGAAGAUCUUCAGUAUUUUCUGACUGACUCUAUGGCAUCCAUUUUACUCACAACACAAAACCAUAAGGAAAAAGCUGUCAGUUUUUCACAAGUUGGGGCAACACCAGUUGUGUAUCCAAGCAUCAAUAGCAAUGAAAAUCUUGUUUUUGAAAGCUAUGACGACUUAGAUUUUGCCAUCGGAGAGCAGUGGCUUUUACAGAAGCCAGCUCUCAUGAUUUAUACAAGUGGAACCACAGGAAAACCUAAGGGAGUUUUAUUGUCACACACCAAUCUUCAUAUCAAUAUUCUUGGAAUGAUUGAUGCCUGGAGGUGGGUGGGCAAUGAUCGGAUUCUCCACUCUCUGCCACUGAAUCAUGUCCACGGAGUGGUUAAUGCCCUGCUUACUCCGCUCUACUGUGGAGCCACAGUUUACAUGCUGCCCAAAUUUGACUCAAAAGUUGUUUUUGAGAGACUUCUAGAUAGAUCUAGUGAUAGCAUCACACUUUUCAUGGGUGUACCAACCAUGUAUGCUCUUAUGAUCAAGUAUUAUGAGGAAACCUAUGGAAAUGCAUCAGAGGAAACAAUCACUGAAGUAAAGGAACAACUUCAACAGUUAAGGUUAUUUGUAAGUGGCUCUGCAGCUCUCCCUAUUCCAGUUCUAGACAAGUGGAAAGAAAUAUCUGGUCACACCAUGCUGGAGAGAUACGGAAUGACGGAGAUAGGAAUGGCACUCACCAACCGAUAUAAAGGCCAGCGAGUACCGGGAGCUGUUGGUUUACCCUUUAAGUAUGUUGAUUUCCGGAUCGGCAAUUACAAUGCUUAUGUAGAUGGUGAAUAUGAAGUGUUAGCAGAGGGAUGUGAUGGAAAGGUCAGGGUUACAGAGGGUAAAGAGGGACAGGAAGGAGAACUACUGAUUAAGGGGCCCAAUGUGUUCCUAGGAUAUUGGAACGCUCCUCACAAAACCACAGAAUCCUUUACCUCCUCAGGCUGGUUUAAAACAGGAGACAUGGCUGUUUAUGAGAAUGGAGUGUUGAAAAUAAAGGGCAGAAUUUCUGUGGACAUAAUCAAAUAUGGAGGAUUCAAGAUAAGUGCAUUGGAAAUAGAAGAUGUUCUUCUUCAGCACCCAGAGGUCCAAGAGUGCUCCGUCCUUGGUUUAUCAGACAUUACAUGGGGACAAAAGGUGGCAGCCAUUGUGAAACCAGGUGUUUCCAACCUGACACAGGAGUCAUUGCAAAAAUGGGCAAAGGACAGGCUGCCUAAACAUAAAAUACCUAGUGUUAUUAAAUUUGUAGAUUACAUUCCCAGAAACAACAUGGGGAAAAUCAACAAGAAAGGACUUAUCAAGGAAUAUUUUGGACCCAACAGAAAUAAAUAAGAUGUGAUGCAAAAUUUACCCUUUGUUUCUGUAGAGAUGAUGGAAACAUUUAUAUAAUAUUAUCUGAGUAAAUUUUCAGAGUCCA